GGAUUUUGUUGAUACGACUGUGGAGUGUGGACUGUUGGUGUUUGUACUUUGCGUGCGACGCCAAGGCAGUGCCAACUCCCAAGUUUUCACAGUGUAAAUGGAACAGUAGAUGCCCAACAACUAAUUACAUAUGUACAUGUAAACAAUUACUAUAAAUCUGAUACAAUACGUUGGUCUAUUCAUUAUAUAUACUACGAAGUGUUCUAUUACUUCGAUUACUUCUUUACUUACGACGGUAUAGUUCGGAUAGACAUUUGAAUAUACAGUAUGCGUGACAAUAGAAAUCCUUUAUGCCUGAGAGGCAGCACACAACUAGGUGCCAUCCUUGAGACGUCCGCUGCAUCGCCCGCGAGCUUUGAGUGCGUCGUAUCGGAUGUCUGGUCAUCUAUCGGGGCACUGCUUGUGAAAUGCUAUGGCUCCGACCUGAACUCGGUGGUGGAAGCACUAGAGUCUAUCCUUGUUGUCGAUGACAUCCUUUCGUAUGCUCCCUUCCUUUCACAAGGAUCCCUCACAACUACAACCACUGACCAAGAGAAGUACGCCUUCAUUGUGCGUAGGAUAGCUCUGUUGCGACACGCGGUGCUCAGAGAGGGCUCCCCUGUGUCUGCAUCCCAUACAAUCGACGACGCCAACUUGGAAGUCUGCGAUGUACAUGUCUACCUCAAACGAGCCAACCGGUUCGGCGCUGCAAACAAUAUUCGGGAAACAAAGACUGCUGCUUUUUCAUUACUCACAAGUAGUAAGAAGGGGCGACGAAAUAGCGCAGGUUCCUUAGAACAUGUAUUGCAGACAAUGUGUGGAUCGGAUUCGCACUGUGGUUCUGUGCGACCUCUGCCAGCCCUGUAUGACCUAGACCCCUUGCUGACUUAGCUUGUUUCACCGACAGCCGUGCGAUCCGAGAUAAGUACUUGAAGAAUGAUGAAGUGUUCACAAGAAAUAAGUACACGUAUGCAUGGGCACGAACAACCAGUGUAACAUGCAACUCGUUAGCGUGUGACGAGUUUAAUAACGCCACAAAAGUUUAAUAGUUACAAUUGGUCCAAUAAAGACAAGCAAACAGUAAACUAACCAGAACUGAUUUUAAGUAAACAGUAAAAUGUGUGGUUUGAAGAAUCCGAUAAAGUAUUGUGGUUUACGAGAGCUGACAAAGUGAAGUAAACUCUGUGAAAUGUAGCAAGCGAUGGUAAACUCUGUGAAAGUAAAGUAAGUAGCAAG